AUCAGGUUGCACAGCUCAGAGAAAUACUUUUCUUACUUUCCUUCCUGCUACUUUCACGGCACCCUGGCCUGAGCGCUCUCUAAUUUUAGAUGGUUUCCCCUUCUUUUGGAUGCCUCGCUUUCAGCUGGCAGUUAUUUAGGUCCGCGUGAGGACUCUCUACUCAGUCUUCACAGGCUGAGGAGAAGUUUUUUUGUUCUCGAAAUGGCAUAUGUACUGAAUACUAGCCCGAACCCGCGCAUUCGCGACAUUCAAGACGGCUUGUUUGCUGCCGACCACCACAGCAUUUACCUUCUCGGUGAUGUUGCUGGGGCGGCGAGCCAAGCAGCGGUUCCUUCCAGCGCAUGGGAGCAUGAGCCGACGACCCGGACCGGCGGUCCAGAAAGCGCACCAGCGGCAGGUGAUGCUAGUGAUGCUAGUGAUGCUGCUGACUGCGCGAAAACAGAUGCAGAGAAGCUCGAAGCUCGCUUCUCGCAGUGCGUCAACUCGGCCCGACAGGACAGGGACUUGGAUUUGCAGCCUUUUAGACUAUCUAGUUGCCAUGCCCUGCAGUCUCAGUGGACGCGGCUGCUAUAUUUCGUGACCGAGAACCGUCGAUUGCGCGAACAGCAGCGACGAAUACCUGACACAGGAGGCAUUUGCGUUGACCCGCCACCGGACAGAAGCAGCGACUUCGGCAGCUGCGCCGCGGACGUGAGCUACAUGUCGGCGUCGCCAGCAGGGACGGGGAAAGCCCCUGCGGAUGAUUUCCACCGCUUCAUGGUUCGGUUCGGGCUGCAGGUGAUUCAGCGCGAUAAGAAACUGCAAGACGCCGUGAGCAUCUGCGAGAAAAUCCUGUCAACCCUGUCUCCCUUGGCUGUGUCAUCCGGUGGGUUCCCAUGCGAAUCACCGGAGGUCUGGGACGACCUGAUGAACACCCUGAUGGCGUUCUACGAGCAGGCGCGUGCAGCAUACGCCGCCGGCGUUUCAGAGUCUGACUGUGAACCGAAGGCUGCUGGUUCAGCCGAGAGGACUAAGCUAUUGGUCCUGGCAGCACUGUCCACCCUCGUUUGUGGAAGGCGAUCCUGCUUGGCACUGGUUCAGCUAGCGGGCCUGCUCCAAGAGCAGGCAGGAGCGGACGAGCAACGUCUACCGCUGAAGACCGUCGUUCAACACUUCAAUUCCUAUGCCGGGCAACGGACGACAGUGCCCCCGUAUCUGCUCGAUUGCCUAUUCGUAGCGGAGUGGCGCUUGAACAGCCCUUCGCUGUCCAAAUUAGCGCCGGGUGCUGAUCAGGGCGUGCCGACCAACCUGGCCGCGAACGGAUCUUUUCUCUUCGUAUCCCACGUGUGGUGCCAAGGGGUGACGAAAAUCGGAACUGGACUGCGCGGAACCUGCAGGGCGCACGUCUACGCUAGCAAUAAGGAUUUGCCAGAAGGCAUACCGGUGUACGUGGCUGGCCAGUUGCUCUACGUGUACGUAAAGGAGCCGUGCGACAUUCGGCCGCUUACCGAAGUUGGGCCGUUUGAUUUCCAGACAGGCUGCAAAGCCUUCGCUACCGUGCUAGACGAAGACACUCUGAUGCCCAUAGCCGAUGUGGACCUACGCGUGACGCCACCUGCCACCAGCAGCGACGACGACUCCGCCAGCUCGACGACCGACCCACUCGGCACCGGGCUGUACACAAACGCCACGCUGCGCUUCACGUCGGACGGAACGCACCUGUAUUGGCUGUGGGCGGGGAAAGCACUCGACGAGACCGGCACUGCGCCGUCUGAAGUGCAGUCGGUUUCUUCGGAGACCAGGCUCGUCGUGUACAUUCAGAAACUGGCCCUGGUGAAGAACGAUGAAGGCAACACCUGGUCAUUGAUCCCUGUAGCUGCACCCGUUGCUCUGCAAUCCAGUCCAAAGGAUUCUGCUACCGGAACAGAAUCCGCUGGAAAUUGGAGUUCAACCACUGGCACAGACACAGCUGCCAUGCUGAUUCAGAACGUUAAUAUGGUGGCAGCGGUCCGAAGGGGGCCCCUGUUCACGACCGGGCACAUGCUGGCCCUGGUGCUCUAUCAUCCGCAGCUGGUGGUGAUCCCCGACGGUGUCCCUGAGCCGCCCGUUGACGUACUGAAAAUCGCCAGCAUUGCCUUUUUCCCGUUGAGUGGUGCUUCUUCGUCGACGCCCCCCGCCAUCGCCGGGUGUCUGCCAUGCUGUGCCGUGCAGUUGAGGUACGGUGCUCCAGCUCCAGCCCCCGUCACGGGGCCUCAGUUCAGCUUCUGCGGCCUGGUCGCCAACGACCGUGAUAGCUUCGCGCUAUGCUACGACGCGACGAACAACUCCGUCUGGAGCCUGUCGUUGAGCGACGUCGUUCGACAAUGGGGCAAUCCUGGCAGUGUACCACCGCCGCCGGCUUCUGCUGUCGGAGUCCCCACCACCACCGGCGGCUGCAUCUCCAUGGCUACUACUGUCACAGCGACGACGGCAACGGCGGCAGAGGCGCUCGCUCCCGCGCUCGGCGCCGCGCCUGACAACGUGACCGCAUCGGCGCAGGCUGCUGGCGCCGGCGAUGCACCAUCUGUCUCCACUGCAGCCACCACCGCAUCAGACUCUAGCACCGCGCCAGCAGCUGAAUCUUCAGUCCAGCCCAACGGCAAGGCAGCUGAUAAACUGAACGGAGCCGCGAGCGCGGCAGCGGAAGGCGAGAAUGUCGCCACCACCGCCGCCAGUGUGGCCGACGCGGAGCAGACUGUUAGUGUUGUGGAGCUGAAGGACGCCGUUAUGAAUUACCUGCGCUUGUGGGCGCCGGACGAACUGAAUAAAGCACCGGACUUGCGUAAUGUGAGUUAUGUUUCGCCGAGUGAGUUUAUGUCGACGAUGCUGCACAACAGCGUGGAGACCUUGGACGAUACCUUUGCCAAGUUUGUCCUGCAGCUGUUCGCCGACCAGCUGCAACGACACUUCUUCCCCAUGGCAAUGAAGACGUCGAAAGAAGAGUCUGCGGCGACGUCGAGUGUUUCGGCAGCGGACACACCAGCAGCAGCAGCAGCGACGGCGGCGGUGGAGGAGCAUGAUUACGAGAUGGCCACGCUGUUUGUCAACCUCUGUCGGCUGGGUUUCCGAUUCGGAUGCACAUCGACCAAAGGUGCUGCGAACUUCAAGAAACUUCGAGAUAUUCUGAAGAGGCUGGCUUCCAUUGAAGCCCCGCAUGAUUCAGCUUGUGCUCUGAAACAGUCUGCAUUGGAAACAUUAUGGUUCCGUCCAUUCUUCUUCUGUGAUAAUGCGGAGGAGCAGGUACGCUUGAUCAAGUCUCGCCUGCACUCACACCUCUCCACCUUGAGAUCAGCCUGUCCGUCGACAGCAGCUUCUGCAGAGGAGUGCAUUGCCUACGAGUCUAUACUCUAUGCCAUGCAGUUCAGCUUGAAUGCAUCACUGUCCUACGCCUGGGAUCCUGAGGAGAAAGAGCCAUCAUUUGCACGCUUAGUCGAAACGGACCAGGAGAUCCACGACUUGCUUCUCUCCAUCUCCACGGAGGAGAGCCUUGCAGAGUUGAACACCGUCCAGCAUGUGACCGCUGACGACCUGGAAAAAUCCAUCCGCAAGCUUCCGCUUGUCUUGCCCAGCACUGGCGUGCUGCUAGCCUUGUUCCGUAACCUUGCGUGCCGCUACUGCUCCUUAUUCACUGCUAGUGAUGUUGCUGCUCCCGACGACAAGACAUGGCAUUCCGAGAAAAUCUCUCUGCUAUCGGCUGCUGUCUACGCUAGUGGAGCGAAGCUGCUCGCGGCCAGCGUGCAAGCUAUCAACGCCAUGACGACGGCCGGGAACGGCAACAGAAGCGACGGCGGCGACAGUGUCAGUAGUGGCGUUGGUGACAGUGGAAAUACUGCCGGUGGUGUCAGUAGUGGCGUUGGUGACAGUGGAAAUACUGCCGGUGGUGUCAGUAGUGGCGUUGGUAACAGUGGAAAUACUGCCGGUGGCAGAAACAGUGGUGGUGGUGACAACACUGGUGUCGAGAGUGUGCGCGAGCGCGUUGAGCUCAUUGCUCAGCUCCUCCACGGCUCGCCGGUCGGCCAGCUGGUUCCCGCGGUAACGAGGACUCUGACGAAACUGCGCAAGCGGAAUGCCGCAUUGUCCAGGAGCGUCCUGGGCGGCCUGCAGUGCCUCAUUCAAAUCAACAAGGAUGCAGCCGGUAUCGUACGGACCUAUCGCUCCCUGCCUGCUGCUGGUCGUAACAUGCCAACUACUGUAACACCAGCAGCAGCAGCAGCCACAGCACCUGGGACGAAACAAUCACCCCUAUCUUGGUGGGCAAAAUCUCAGCAGCAGCAGCAGCAGCAGCAGCAGAAACAGCAAGGUGCCCGCUUUGUACACACGACGGCUAUGAGCAGGCAGGCAACGGAUUUUCUCGGUGAGCUGGCCAGCUCCAUGAUGGAGCUUAUCCGCUUUCACCUGUCCACUCUGUUUCGCAUGCCGUCCAUGCCCUUCACACAAUCAGCCGACGCUUUCCUGGAGAUUGCUCCGUUGAACAAAUGCGAGUGGAGUGUGCCGGAGCUGUGCGAAGCCCCGGUUCUGGACUUUGACCUGGCAGCGUGCAUCACUGGCCUGCGCAGUCUCGCCUGUAGGCCCAUGCCGACGAUACGACCGAGUAUUGCGAAGCGAAUGGACGUGGCGACCAUCGAUGUCCGUCUGCUUCACGUGUACAUCCGUCACCUAUGCCUGGCACCGUACAUCAAGUCCUGGCAGAGGACGCGAGUCUGUUCGCCGUUUGUCGUGGAGAUACUGCGUAUCGUCUUUGACAAGAUGAACAUGCUGCUCCGCAGUUUACAGGUGGUUGGUGAGAUGGAGCAGAAGUUCCGUCUGCAAGUAGAGGACUAUGUGCCUGGUGAAGAGAUGUUCUUUCAUAAUUACACGCACGACGCUAAUGCUACAAACGACCUUUAUACUCUCUGCAGGAUAACGAACACCAAGUUUGACCCAAACAGCCCACAAGAAACCGUCAACAAGAUUUCUGAGCUUGUGAAAUGCUUGCACGAAGACCAAGCCAGUCUACCAGCCGAGGAAGAGAAGAUCAAGCUAGACUAUCCGGACAGUAUGAAGGAGCAUCUUUUCGAUUGUUGUGACCUACUUCUUCGCGUACCUCUCCUUCCCGGCGCCAAUGUCCUGGCGUUCUUCGACAAGAGUGACUCGGACAAGUCAAAGCCUCCUGAGAUGUGGAGAUCCGUGUCUGCACCAACGCCAACAACAUUCCGAGCCAGAUCUGAGCUGCCGGCACCAGGCAGAGUACUGCGCAAGAGCGAAUCAGUGCAGCGAAGUACUGACGACAUCAGCUCUGGCAAAUCCACCAUGGCCAAGUUUAUCUCUAUGGUAACGGGCCGCUGUGACGAGCUGAUCUCUCUUGUCUCCCUCGUCACUAUCGACGGGUGUCCGGUCAACUGUGAGAAGUUCAGGGAGAUGCUGGAGUUUCGCGCUGCUCGCGAGCUCAAUCGUCAUCUGAGCCUGCAGUACAUGACGGCGCUGGUCAGAAGCUACCACCGGGGGGACUCGCCACGCUCUGCUGCUGCUGCCGGCGCUGCUGCUGCUGCUGCUGCUGCUACUGGUGAUCAACUCGACUGGGGUGAUGGUGGUAGCGGUGCGGCUGCUGCAGCUGCAGCUCCCUUUGCUGCUACUUCUGGUGGCGAUGGCGAUGUGUCUGCUAAGCGCCGACUGAUCUCUCGAGUUAUCGUGCUGUUAAGCAUCGGUCCCCGGUACAAGGAGCUGAUAUCCGUGACCGGGAUAGGUCGUGUACGGCAGCAGUUUGGUGAACUACUCUAUGACCUAGUGGCGGCUGUGGACGGGAGAUCGGUGGAUUUGGUCAGCGUAGGCCGUUUGUGUGCCAUUCCGUUUGAAAGUGGUGACGCAGAGUUGCUUGCGAACAGCGGCUUGCUAGAGCUGUGCGGACGAGUGCUGAUGAACGACAAACAUGCCGGCCUGUCGCCCAGUUCGUCGGCAUCCAUUGUCUGGCUAGGUUUCCAGGUGCUUGUGGCACACGUGCUGGAGUGGAAUACACACGGCCACGAUGGCGGAUCCGUGGACCAGGCUCACAAACGCGUGGCUGUCGGCAUCAGUGACGUGAUUGCCGGCCUGCUGUCCCGCGCUCGACACCUGGACAACGAUGAGUCGUACGGUGCUCUCAAGUCGGUGCUGACCCUCCUCGACUCGCUCACUCGCUCCGCGAACUGUAUGGGUCCGGUAAUCCUCAGCCGUCCAUCCUGCAUCACCAAGCUACUGUCACUACUCUGUGAUCACAGGCCAUCACCAAACUUGGUACUGAAGGUGCUGCGGCUAUGUCGCGCCGCCCUACCGCUCAUGUCCAUGGCUGACUGCCAGGAGAUCAGUCUGCCGCGCUCGAGAAACGUUCCUGGCGCUGCAGAGACCACCGGCGGUCGUGUGUCUCCGUCGACGGCUAUUGUGACGCUGUUGCUAUCCAAGCUGGGCGAUUACAUUGUGCCAGGCUCUCCGUACACGCUGGAGUCCUAUGGCCAGCAGCAGUCCGUGCAGCGUCAGGCGUCCGUCGACCUCGAAGAGGCGGCAGCAGCCCUCUCCCAGCAGCAGCACACUGCUCAGGACGGCGCUGGCAGCAGCGCUGCUGGCGGUGCUAGGCGUUGUCGCGGGGACCAGCACCACGACGACAAGAUGGUCGGACUCUAUCUGGUGUUCGACCCGGGGCUGUUCAAGACCCAGGAGGAGAACUGUGCCUGCUACUGGCAUUACUACAACUCGUCUCCCGAUGCUAACUUUGGACCGCCGCCGUCCAAGAAGGCCGGGAUUGCGGCCAAUGCACGCGAGAUGACCAAGACUGGCCGUGUGCUGAUAGAUAAGAAGAACAGGGCACAGUGUUUGGCCUCGGCGCGCGAAAUGGCGGCAGUGGGGCUGCUUACUUGUGUUGACCCCGUCCCCGUUGGACAUCGAUUUUCCGAUACGCCAGAAAAAACUCACAUGGAGGCAACAUGUCUGCAAAAGAACCGAGAAAACGCUAGUGUGAACUCCCAGCGUCCGUUCAUCAGUGGUAACGCUGCCACCAUCAUGGCCUCGGAGGUUAUUGGCCUGCUGAGAGGCUUGAUGCUCAACCAGGAUUCGGAGGCAGCUGGAUUCUGGCUGAGAGCUAUCAACGAGGCAUUCAACAAGGGACUCGUGGCGGUGCGUGCGUUCGUGCCGCGCCUGGUUGCCGUUGCCAACACGUGCUCGAGCGGCGGCGGUGGUGGCAGGCUCGCCGAAGCCACGGCGGCUCUGCGUCACGACAUCCGCCCGGUGCGCCAGGCAAUAGCGGUGCUGAGCGCCAUGUGCGGGCUCACGGAGCGCCUGGUGCCCGGCACUCGCGUCCAGGUCACCGACGAGUGGCUGCGGGACGCGGGCGUUGUUUUCGGCGUUGUCAAGAACGUGUCCGAGCGACACUGCAUGGCAACAGUCGAGAUGGACGACGUCGUCACAGAGACGGCAAAGUCGGCAACGGGCGGCGGCUUGGGAAGUGCUGCGUGUCGACGCUGUGUUGAGGUGCCGCUCGAUCGGCUUCUUCCACCCGAAAGCGAGCCCCUGCCACUGCAACCACUGGACAUCACAGACAAUCUCCUCCACGCCGUGUUCACGCUGCUCAGCGUGCGACUGGACGCGAACGGAAGGUUUCCGAGCGUCAACAACGAAACCUCCAGCCAACGAACCGAGGAGCCGAAGUUAGGUGCUGAUAGUGCUCCGAAUGCUGCCUGUCGCCUACUGGCACAGUUGAAGACGCGGGCUGCUGAGACACUGGAUAGCCACGCGAUCUUGCCCGUAGUUUAUGAGCGUAUACUGCAGGAUAGUCGAUUCUUCGCUCUCGUCGAGCGAUGCGCUCAAAGCCAGGGGCCAGGGCACCGCCUGGCCGUUCAGAAGGAGCACUGUGCGAGACUGCGUAUGGUGUACCGCGACUGCUCGCGACCACCGGCUCCGAGACCGCGACGUGCGGAGAAGGUCAAGAGCAAGCCUCGCAACCGUCUCGAGCCGAGCGUUUGUUUUGAUGUUUGGCGUCCGCAAGAGCCCGUGCAGUCUCAAGUCGAUAGUUGUUAUUUCGAGGAUGAUUUCACCACCGCGCGACAGUUUAAUCACGAUUCGAAAGGGCAUGGCUCCCGUCUCUUCGCCAAUACGCCUGUGCCAGCGUUUGCUCCGUCUUACUACUUUGAACUUGUGUGCCUGGAAAUCGAAGCCAGCCCUGAGCAAUCCAGUCGUAGGACAGCCACUGCUUGCGUUUGGACUCGUAUCGAUUGAUAAGACGGAACCGGCAAAGGGCAAUGACAAUGCCGAUAGUGCUGGUGCUGGUAAUGAUGACAAGCCUGCUGCUGCUGCUGGUGCUGGUGGUGAUGGUGCUGCUGCUGGUGCUGGUGCUGAUGG